UGAAUUAGGAGUUUCACACGUUAAAGGUGCAAAAAUAGUUGCCAAAUGAGACGAAGGUUUCAAAAGAUUGCAAAAAAGUGGCCUGGUGAAAAGUAUUUUGGAGAGUACCGGUUUCUUCCUUUAUUUUUUGUGGCUGGAGCGGCAUUAGAGUUCUGCAUGAUAAACUGGCACGUGGGAGAGGUUAAUUUCUACAGAACAUACAAGAAAAAACGAGUGGAAGAACUGGUCAACGAAAGACUAUCCCGUGAAUCUUCCGAGUCAAAUUAAAGAGCAAGUAUGCCCGCCGGUUUAUCUUACCC